AUGGCACCCAAUGACUUGCGAAGUCCCCUUUCGCGUCGACCAGAUCAUGGUUUCGUUGCAAAUAUAUCUAUUGGUGAGCCUGCCGUCUACCAGCUUGUACUAAUAGACACGGGUAGCAACAUAUUCUGGAUUCAAUGCUACCCAUGCCAAAAAUGUGGAGAUCAAAACCAAAUUCCUCAUUACGAUGUUGACAAAUCAUCAACAUAUUCCAAAGUUUCUUGCGACUCUUGGAUGUGUCGCGAGUUCGAUGGGCAAUGUAAUGAAUGGCUUGAGUGCAUAUACAUAUCGGCAUAUAUAGAUUACACUUGGUCUAGAGGAAUUGUUAGUGAUGACACUCUUCAUUUCAUUACCUCCGAUAACGAGGUGGAGAGUGUUCCUAAUGUAGCUUUUGGGUGCGGAACAUAUAAUUAUGGAGAUGAAUUCGGGUACGAGUACAGUGGGAUACUUGGUUUAGGGCCAAGUAAAGCAUCGGUAAUGACACAAAUCGGAUACCAAUUUUCCUAUUGUAUUGGGCAUAUCAAGGACAUUAAUGAUUCAUACAGUCACCUCAUCAUAGGUGACGAGGCGAGGUUAGAGGGGGAUUCAACACCCUUGGAAAUCUUUAAUAGCUCAUAUUAUGCUAUGUUGGAUGGGAUUCGCAUGGGAGAAAAACUUAUAGCAGACAAAAAGGUGUUUUCUUCUCAACCUAAGGACGGAGGAGGAGUUUUAUUUGACACGGGAAGUCCAGUAACCUAUUUGCAUAAAGAAGCUUUAGAGCUAUUAAGUGCGGAGAUAAAAAGUUAUAUGAAAGCUGGAAACAUUCAACAGGUUCCGGAAAUUAAAACCGGCGGCCUGUUAUGCUUUGAGGGCCGUGUCUCGGAAGAUUUAGAAAACUUUACCGAGGUCAUAUUUCACUUUAGUGGAGGUGCCGAUUUAGCUGUGGGACCAGAUGCUCUAUUUGACCAAUCUCGCCAAAGGGUUUUUUGCAUGACUAUUUUGCCAACCUCGGCAAAUAUGUCUAUUCUAGAUCAUGAAGCAGAAAAUCUCACAAUUAUAGGCAUAUCAGCAAUGCAAGACUAUAAUUUCGGGUUUGACAUAAAGGAAAAACUUGUGUACAUAGAGGAUGUUGACUGUAAGACGCUAUCAGAUUAUGACUGA